AUGGCUGAGCUCGACUUCGAAAACGCUUCCCUUGACGUUUACAACAUGAACGCGUCGUAUGUUUUCAACCACACGUUUUGGAUGGACGGCAUGGAUGAGAUGAAGCCGCUGUCGUCCGUCACGUUGGUCCUCAUCAGUGUGACGUACGGCGUGAUCUUCCUGGUGGGCAUCCUGGGGAACGUGUCGGUGGGGCUGGCGGUGUGGGGGAACAGGGAGCUCCGCACGCCCACCAACUUCUUCCUGCUGAAUCUCAGCGUGGCGGACCUGCUCCUGCUGCUGUUCUGUCUACCAGUGUACGUGGUUGAGCUGUGGGUCCACUACCCUUGGUUACUAGGCGAAACGAUGUGUGAGUAG